ACAGCUAAGCUAUUUACACUAGAACUUUUCCAUAUUCUCCACCCAAAACGAAUUGAUUUUCUUCGACAACCAAAUAAAAGAAGUUCCUUUUUUUUCCCAUUGGAAUCAAAGAGACCAAAUCCACAAAAGUGACACUUGUAACAUCAGAAACUGAGAAUUAUAUUCCCAUUCUCUCUGGUCUUUCUUUAUUAUCAUAAAUAAAUUAUAGUAUAUAUAUAUGUUCUGUUCUACUUCUGCAACUUUCUAAACAAAUUUGCAAUAUUAUGCAAGUCAGGUAGCUGCAGGAACUAAACAUAUUCUUUGUGCAGGCAAUCCAAGAUGGAUUUACACAAGGAAGGUGAUACAGGCUCCGCAAAGCAGAAGAAGGUCAAGAUUGUUUUUGUUAUAGGUGGUCCGGGGAGUGGUAAAGGAACACAAUGCAAAAGAAUAGCACAACAAUUUGGAUACACUCAUCUUAGCGUUGGCGAGAUUCUACGUCAAGAAACCAGUUCUGGUUCUGAAACUGGCUCUAUGAUUCAGAAAAUUAUGAAGGAGGGAAAGCUUGUUCCGUCGGAUGUAACAGUGAGGCUUCUUCAACAAGCCAUGCAGGGAAUUGAUAAUGACAAAUUCCUCAUCGACGGCUUCCCCCGGGAUGAAGAGAAUGUUAAAGUAUUUGAGGAUCUUACAAAAAUGGAGCCUGAGUUUGUCCUUUAUCUAGAUUGUCCACAAGACGAAAUGGAGAAGCGCUUGCUAUCAAGAAAUGAGGGAAGAGAAGAUGAUAACAUCGAGACAAUAAGGAAGCGAUUUAAAGUUUUCGUGGAGUCAACUCUCCCUACAAUUGAAUACUAUGAAUCAAAGGGGAAAAUUAGGAAGGUUGAUGCUGGAAAAUCUAUUGAUGAGGUUUUUGAAUCCAUCAAAGUUAUUUUCUCACCAGGAAAAGAUAACAAGGUGCCACCAAGUAAACACAAGUGCAAAUGCUUGAUACUUUGAAUGGAUGAUUGCCUUCAAAGCUUGGUAAUUCACAAAUAUUUUUACUAAUGCGCGAGAUUUACCUUAUAGAUACUAUCCGUGUGCUUGAACUUGUUGCAAUAAGUCAUGUCGUGGUUAUGAAUCCAUUAUUAUUGACGGCUAGAGGCCAAUAGUCGUCUUUCUGGGGAUUUGAUUGUGUGAAAAACUAUAUCGUAAGUGUAUAUAAGCUAAACUCUGUGUCGUAUGAUAUCUACAUGUUUCUUAUUAAUGUAUGAAAUGCAAAGGCAUAGUGUGUUGUGAAUUUAAGUAGUAAUAUAUGUGUUACAAUCA